AUGAUGCGUCUUCUCGCUGCGUUUGUGGCUUUGCUCGCACUUACCGCUGCCAGCGCUCGUAGAAUAACCAAGCACGAGAUACGCGAACGCCAACUCGAUGCAGCAAAACGUUGGCAGACUAGUGGCCCUCAGAACGUAAAGAGCAAUGGUGUUCAGAAUAUCACAUUCACGAAUCCCAAGGCCUCAGAAUUUUACAUCGAUGGCAGAUCUCUUCCACUUGUUGACUUCGAUGUCGGUCCUAGCUGGGCAGGUCUUCUACCCAUCAGCAAUAGUCCUAAUGAGACGCGUCAGCUAUUUUUUUGGUUUUUCCCUCCUGGUCCCCAAGGGAGUCUUGAUGAUUUAAUUUUUUGGACGAAUGGUGGCCCUGGCUGCUCCUCCCUGGAAGGUUUGCUGCAAGAGAACGGCCCUUUCAGUUGGUCUUGGGGUCAGGCUAAACCAACGGUGAAUCAACAGAGCUGGACCAACCUCUCCUCCGUCCUUUGGGUGGAGCAACCUGUUGGUACCGGAUUUUCUCAAGGCAUCCCAAACGCACAAAACGAGGACGAUGUCGCUACUCAACUCGUCGGCUUCAUGCAGCAGUUCCUUGAUAUCUUUUCUGAACUCAAAGGCAAAAAGCUGUAUUUAGCGGGUGAAAGUUACGCUGGAACAUACGUGCCUUGUGAGUCAGCAGUCAUUUUCGUUGAACAUAACUCCAAGACCAAUGAAGAUAUCGCGAACUAUAUAUAUGAGAACCCAACUCAGUUAGACCUCUCGUUGCAAGGGAUAUGGAUCAAUGAUCCCUAUAUCUCGUGGUGGGUGGUGCAACAGCAGAUCCCUGCAGUGGACUUCGUGAAAAAACACGCUACUCUCUUCUCUUUUAGUCAGACCUUCAUGAACUACCUUGAGGAGAAGGCUGCAACGUGCAAUUAUACUGGCUACAUGGAUAAGUAUGUUAUAUACCCUCCAGCAGGUCUUCUUCCCCUACCAGGAGACUCUGUUUCUGAAGGCUGUGAUAUCUGGGACGACAUUUUCAGUAACGCGCUGAUCAUCAACCCCGCCUUCAAUAUCUAUCGCGUUUGGGACACUUAUCCAAUUUUGUGGGAUGUCCUAGGUUUUUUAAGUCAAGAGUCUCCGAUCUACUUCAACCGAACAGAUGUAAAGGAGGCUAUCCACGCGCCCGUGGACACCGAGUGGUUGGAAUGCACCAAUACCAAUGUCUUCCUCAACGAAGACAGUAGCUUGCCUCCUGCCCUCACUGUGUUGCCGAGUGUUAUCGAGAAGAGCCAGCGGACCGUCAUUGUGCACGGUCUCGCCGACUUCGUUCUCAUUGCUGAUGGAACCAGAAUUGCCAUUCAAAACAUGACCUGGAAUGGUUUGCAAGGAUUUCAGACGCCUAUCGCUAACGACAGCUUCAUUGUCGAUGGUGUGGGUGCCUAUGGGACAAUGCACUCAGAGCGGGGACUCACUUAUUACGAAGUAGCCUUGAGUGGACACAUGCUUCCGCAGUUUGCGCCAGUAGCCGCCUUCCAGAUUAUGCAGUACCUGAUGGGGUUUAGAGACGCUCCCUAG